AUGGACCCCAUCCAACGACUCAAAACCGACUAUCCAUGGAUCCAAACCCCGCUGAUAGUAGGAGCGCCCAUGCGCCUCAUUGCGCUCGCAGACUUGGCCGUUGAAAUCUCCAAAGCUGGCGGCAUCGGCUUCAUCGGCGCCGGCACAGACGUCGCAGACCUAACCGCGCAUCUGGAAAAAGCGCAGACGCUACUCUCCUCCUCCUCCUUCUCCUCGACACAGGUCAGGUCGAGGCACGACACGCUCCCCCUCGGCGUCGGGUUCAUCAACUGGGGCGCCGACCUCGCCGCUGCGCUGCCGGUCGUGACGCGCUUCAGGCCCGCGGCGGUGUGGUUCUUCGCGCCAUCCUCGCUGGCGGCGCUCGCUGAUGCCGCGAGCGCUUUUCGCGCCGCUAGUCCGAACACGAGGGUUUGGGUCCAGGUCGGCGGCGUGGCGGAGGCCGAGGGCGUCGUGAGGGAGGUUCGCCCGGAUGUCCUCGUCGUGCAGGGGACGGAUGCGGGGGGUCAUGGAAGGGCGCGCGGCGCGGGGCUGGGGGCGUUGAUGCCCGAGGUCGCGGAUGCGGUGGCGGCCCUGCAGGACGCGCCGGUUCUGGUCGCUGCGGGGGGGAUCGCGGAGGCGAGGGGGGCCGGCGCGGCGCUGGUGUUGGGUGCCGCUGGGGUGGUGAUGGGUACGCGGUUCUUGGCUGCCCGCGAGGCGGUCGUCGCCAAGGGGUAUCGCGAUGAAGUGCUCCGCGCGGCUGAUGGCGGGCAGACGACGGUCAGGACAAAGGUCUGGGAUCGGUGUCGUGGGACUACCGGGUGGGCGGAGACGCACAAUGGGCGCGGGAUCGUUAACAAGACGUACACCGAUGCCGUGGACGGCAUGGACGAUGCAGAGAACAAGAAGCUGUACGAGGCCGAUAUGCAGAAGGGGGACGAGGGGUGGGGCGUUGAGGCGAGGCUGUGCACGUAUGCGGGCAGCGCGGUGGGUCUGGUGAAGGAGGUUCAAGGGGCCGGGGAGAUUGUGAGGGAGGUCAGAGACGGGGCGAGAGCGUUGCUUGAGGGUGCAAAGGCGAGGCUGUGA